AGCGUGCCCGACGCCGGCGCUUCGAGGGCGGGAUCCGCCCUGUGCGGUCAAGUCGCCACCAUCUCUCUUCUUCUGUCCCUGCAUCCGCUCUCUCCUUGUUCUAGCGCCUGAAGCAGGUGGUUGGCUUCGAACCGUCAUCGGCCGCUCUCGCGUCCUUCUCUCUUCUCACAGCCCUCGCCCAGCGAGCCCUUUCCUUUAGCUUCCUUCUCUUCAUCCUAUUUACGCAGCCAUGGGUGCCUGCAUGUCCAGUGGUCCCGUAGAUGUCUCCGAGGACGACAAGAGGCGGCACAGAGAGGCUGAGAAGAGUCUCCGAGAGGCAAAGGCACGGCUGUCCAAGCAGGUCAAGGUGCUCCUGCUGGGCUCCGGAGACUCGGGCAAGUCGACCAUCCUGAAGCAGAUGCGCCUCAUCCACCGCGUCCCCUUCUCGUCACAGGAGGUCGAGUCGUACCGCCAGCUCGUCUUCAACAACCUCACCCACGGCAUCAAGUAUGUCAUCGACGCCAUGGAGGAGAUGGAGCUCACGGUCCUCCCCGAGAAUGAAGACAACGUGCAGAUGGUCAUUGACGCGGCUGACCUCAAGGACGGCGAGCCCUUCCCGAACGACUACUACGAGCCUCUGAAGAGGCUAUGGGAGGACCCGAGCGUUCAGAAAGCAUGGGAGCGCGGGAACGAGGCUGCGUUGCCGGACAACUUGGUGUACUAUUUUAGCGACCUUGAUCGGCUGUUCGACCCCUCGUAUAUACCGAACGAGCAGGACAUCGUUCAGGCCCGUGCACGCACGAUCGGUAUUACGGAGACGAUGUUCUCACUAAGGGAUCACGAGAUGCUCAUGGUGGACGUCGGUGGGCAGAAGAGCGAGCGACGGAAGUGGAUCCACUGCUUCCAGGAUGUCACCAGCAUUCUGUUCCUGGUCAGUCUUAGUGGGUACGAUCAAUGUCUUGUAGAAGACAGAGAUGCGAAUCAAAUGCAAGACGCAAUGACGAUUUGGGACUCGAUUUGCCAUUCGCAAUGGUUCAAGAACACGUCUAUCAUCCUGUUCCUCAACAAGAACGAUCUGUUCGAGAAGAAGGUUAUUCACUCAGACAUUCGGAGUUUCUUUCCCGACUAUGACGGACCAUCCGAUGACGCGGCUGCAGGACGAGAAUACUUCAAGAAGCGAUUCGCACGGCUGGCACAAAAAGCGAACCAAAAGGAGCGCGAAGUGUACAUCCACACGACGACCGCAACAGACACCGAAAUGCUAAGAGUAGUCAUGGCCGCAGUAGAAGGUGCGUGCGUUUUUGCCAUUUCGCCGGUCCAUACUAAUCAUGAUUUUCCCUCCAGAGUGAGUGUUUCGUUCUGUUCUCGUCCCCGCAAAUCCCCCUUUCGUGCGCUCUUCCCUGGACCAAUGCUUAAUAUCCUUCCCUUCCCACUGCGACACAUCAGCAUCAUCCUUCGCCAAAGCCUGCAAACUGCGGCUCUCAUCUAG